AUGAGUUCAACUGUGAACACGAGUAACUGCAAAAGCAUAGCCCGGUGCUAUGCUGAUGUUAAUGCCAAGAUGCCCACUUCUUAUUGGGACUAUGACAAUCUUCAAGUCGAGUGGGGAAACCAAGAAGACUAUGAAAUCAUUCGCAAAGUAGGUCGUGGUAAAUACUCUGAGGUUUUUCAAGGCAUCGAUAUUGUCAACAACGAAAAGUGUAUCAUCAAGGCUUUGAAGCCAGUCAAGAAGAAGAAGAUUAGACGUGAAAUCAAAAUCCUUCAAAACCUGGCAGGCGGAACCAACAUUGUUGGUCUUUUGGGCAUUGUUAGAGACCCUAUUUCCAAAACACCUGCUAUUAUCACCGAGUAUGUGAAUAACACCGAGUUCAAGAUUUUGUAUCCUCGUUUCACAGUAUACGACAUUCAAUAUUACAUGUAUGAACUGCUCAAGGCUUUGGAUUUCUGUCAUUCAAAAGGUAUCAUGCAUCGUGAUGUGAAGCCUCACAAUGUCAUGAUUGACCACGAAAAGAAAGAGUUGCGUUUGAUUGAUUGGGGAUUAGCAGAGUUCUAUCACGCAGGCACAGAGUACAAUGUCCGUGUUGCAUCCAGAUAUUUCAAGGGACCUGAGCUCUUGGUCGAUUUUCAGGAAUACGAUUACAGUUUGGACAUGUGGAGCUAUGGCUGCAUGUUUGCAAGCAUGAUCUUUCGCAAAGAGCCCUUCUUCCAUGGUCAUGACAAUUACGACCAAUUGGUCAAGAUUGCUCGCGUUCUCGGUACAGAUGAACUUUUCAGAUAUACUGAAAAGUACUCUAUCGUCCUUGCACCUGAAUACAACAACAUUCUAGGCAGACACAUGCGCAAACCCUGGAACAAGUUUAUUACCAGUGAUAACCAACGUUUUGUAACGGAUGAAUCUGUCGAUUUCUUGGAUAAAUUAUUGAGAUAUGAUCACCAAGAACGUCUUACAGCAAAGGAGGCCAUGGCACAUCAUUACUUUGAUGCUGUGAGACCCACCCAAGCAUAA